UGAGCUGAACCGAAUCAGAAUGACUACACAGAGUCGAAACGAGAAAAGUUACGACUCCAGAGAUACGACGCUAAAAUUUGUCACUAGACCAGAUGAUCUGGAUCCAUAUCCCCCAGAGGAAGGAGACCUCUGUCUUCGAGCAGAGAUGUCCUGCGGCCAUGCUGUCACCCCGCAGUCGCUCACUGGGUGGUGUCGCAGCCUUCUGGAUCAGGGCCAAUACAAGUUUAAGUGUCCUACUUAUAAGGAUGGCACCUCGGUGAAAUGUGAUGCAGUAUGGCCCUACCAAGAAGUGCGCCGGCUGGCUGUGCUGACACCUGAAGAGAUGGAGUACUUUGAAGAGAACAUCGCCCGCAUGGCUGCCACAGAAUACUGUGAAUUUAAAACAUGUCCUGGUUGCAAAACUUAUGUGGAGAGAGAGGACCUGACUAAUCUCAGUGUUCAGUGCACAAUCUGCACUGCAGACAACAAGGAGGUCUAUGAGUUCUGCUGGCAGUGUUUGAAGCCAUGGAAAGGUGGAGCGCCACGUUCUGAUCACUGCGACAAUGAUGGUUGCAUUAAUCAUGAUCUUGAACUUCUCAAGAACUGCAAGACUACCACCCUUCCGGAGGUUCUGGGGCUUGAACCCUGUCCUUCCAUCCGGGCCUGUCCCACCUGUGGUCAGAGGGUGGAGCAUGACAAAACAGGCUGCAAGAAUGUCAUCUGUCCUCGCUGUCAGAUUGAGUUCUGUUUUGUGUGUCUGAAGCUCACUCCUGUUUGCUUGGAGACAAGCUCUUACUUCAUCCCCUGCAGUGAUGGUGUAGCUCCCAGACAAACAUCAAUACCUGUGUGGCACAGAAACUGAAUAGCAGCAUGCUGUCAGAGCCAUUACACAUUAUGCUUCUCUCAUGCUAAACUUUUUCUUUUAGAUUUCAUUCACAGAGUUUCAUUGAAAAAACAGAAGCCAGAGGUUUUACAGGCUGUUCUUGUUCUUGUGUGUUAAGUAAUAUUUAGCCAUAUCUGUCAUAUUUUCU